AGUCUGUGGUGAUACGAGUUCAAUGGUCAACGCGACGCGCACCGCUCGCGCAGCCCAGAACAUCCCACAUACUCGCGCGACAUCAAUAACAAUGGCAAACCGUAGUCUGUUUUGGUAGGAGAAAUCUGAUUGGAGCUAGACGGUCCGAAAGCUUAGUCCCCGUGUUCACGUCUUAUUUCUUUUUUUUCUUUAGAUUUGGCGAGUUUUCAUUUGAGCACAGAAGUGUUCGUCUAUUGUUGUAUUUUUUCGUUUUUACAUUUCUUUUUGAAAAUGUGCGAGGCGCUGUUGGCAAGCUCACACAGUCUGUGCAUGUGUGUCCCUGCUGCUCUUCUGCUGGGCUACAGCUACUAACCUAGCUGCUUUUCACUCGGCGCUUAGCUAACGCUAGCCUGGCCGCGUUUAUUGACUUGAGGGGAAAAACCACAAGCGAAUGUAAAGCGUGUUCGUACGAUCCGUUUUAUGACAAUAGUCCUUUAUUAUUUUCUAAUCGUUGCAGUCGGGUACGGUAAGAAGUAUUGUAUGAUUUGUCGUAGAAGAUACUUUGCUGGCUAGCUAACAGGCUAGCUAUUUGUGUGUAUUCUUCGACUGAGGAAAACGGCGAGUUUUCUUUGAAAGUAUGGAUGACCAGACCAGGAUGAUGACGGGUCUCACCGGACUCGGUGGACUACAACAAGCCGAUGUCGGUGACCCAGACUCGGUUAGAAAACAGCAGUCCCUCGGUCAGCCUCAACAAGACAUAGGGGAUAUCCUACAGCAAAUAAUGGCCAUCACCGACGAAAGCCUGGACGAAGCACAGGCCAGAUGCUGGCCAGAGGACUCGCCGGCGCAUUGGGGUGGAUCAGACGACCCCACAGAGGGAGGGAGAGCAGGGGGGGGCAUGGCAGGGGGUGGCCUGCCACUCAACUUCCAGCACAGGAAGCAUGCCCUGAACUGUCACAGAAUGAAGCCAGCCCUUUUCAGCGUUCUCUGCGAGAUCAAAGAGAAGACGGUGCUGAGUAUACGAGGCGUGCAGGAGGAGGACCCCCCAGAUCCCCAGAUCAUGCGAUUGGACAACAUGCUGCUAGCAGAGGGUGUGUCGGGACCAGAAAAGGGUGGAGGAUCGGCUGCAGCGGCUGCAGCUGCAGCAGCAGCAGGGGGCUCGCCCACCGACAGUAGCAUUGAACACUCGGACUACAGAGCCAAGCUUGCCCAGAUCCGCCAGAUCUAUCACUCUGAGCUGGAAAAAUACGAACAGGCAUGCAGCGAGUUCACCAACCAUGUAAUGAACCUGCUGAGAGAGCAGUCUCGCACACGGCCCAUCUCUCCCAAAGAGAUUGAGCGCAUGGUGGCCAUCAUCCACCGCAAGUUCAGCUCCAUUCAGAUGCAGCUCAAACAGAGCACCUGCGAGGCCGUCAUGAUUCUGCGUUCACGCUUCCUUGAUGCCAGACGUAAAAGGCGCAACUUCAACAAGCAAGCCACAGAGGUGCUGAACGAGUAUUUCUACUCCCACCUGUCCAACCCUUACCCCAGUGAGGAAGCCAAGGAGGAACUGGCCAAAAAGUGUGGGAUCACUGUGUCUCAGGUCUCUAAUUGGUUUGGCAACAAGAGAAUACGCUACAAGAAGAACAUUGGUAAGUUCCAGGAGGAAGCGAACCUCUACGCAGUCAAAACAGCGGUGGAUGCUGCCAACGUGUCUGCGCAGGCCAGCCAGGCUAACUCUCCCGCAACGCCCAACUCAGGUGGAUACCCUGCACCGUGCUACACACCUGACGGGCGGCUAUGAGGAGCUGUCGGGUAGUGGCCUCUACACCCCUCAUCGCCUGGAUGCUAACAGCUGGCAGGACACCACCAACCCCCCCUCGGUCACCUCCCCUCCUGGUCCUCCUGGCAGCGUCCACUCCGACACCUCCAACUGAUUCGGUGGCUCUCCCUGCCAUCACUUCAUUCCCACUGCAGUCUGCUUUGACUACCAUCCUCUGUCCUCAUUUUUCACUACUCCCUCGUCUCUCAACUAGACAGCCACACAAGGCUGUACUCGCAUUUCAUAAACACACACUGUGCUGGAACACAGGACAGCCGAACAGUAGUUAGGAGGAGUUCUCCCUCCGCCCCACAGCUCCACUUCAAUGCUAGAAGCUCCUUUAACUUGGAAUAAAAGAGGGAUGGAGCUUCCCGAUGCUGAGACAGAUAGCAAACAUCUUUACUAUCAAGGACUUUUUGAAAACCACUGACCCAGCUGUGUAGAUGAUCAUGAUGUCUGUACAUUAUGUGUAUAUGCACGUUAACUUCACACAGUACUCACACAGCUUGUCCAUGUGCUGUUGACCUCUGCACUCGACCCUUUGCUUUGGAAAACUGUGUGUGAUUGCCUGUAUCUGUUGAAGCCUUGGCAUUUGACAGCCAAACUGUUGAUACGGAUCACCAUGGAGCUCUGCUCACCUUGCUCGUACCAAAGUGCUGCCCCAGUAGUUGUCAACACAGCUGUUCCUCCGAGACCACCCUCUGCCAACUCAACUCAACACAACACAAGACGAUGUUGUAUCUUCCAGACCUUUAUAGCUUGAUGUUUCAUUCUGUUGGAGAUUUCAAAGUACUUGAGAUAUGCACAAAUGUGCAUCACCCCUUCCUCCAUAACACACACCUCACAACUUUUCAGUCGUUUUCAUUGUGAGCUGACAUAAAAAGAUGUGUCAAGCACAAAAGUUAGCAUCCUCGUUAUGGGUGUCUCUACCUGUAUUAAGGGUAGUUAAGGGGAUCACUGUUCUAAACCAGACAGGACAGGUGAUAAUAGGGCUGGUGAGAAGAGGAGGAAAGGGCAGAGAGGGGAAGAAUAUCUUUGGUUGAGUGGAUGUGACUAAUAGCCCUUUUUGUUGCUAACCAAUAGAGGGUGUUAGUAGAUGGCUUUUAGACUUAACUUCUUGCUUUCUGUCUACUAGUUUAUUUGAUUGUAGGCUAUUUUCUAAUGCUGUUUCACCAAGAAUGCACCAGCCACCACCAAAAAUGAGCUCAAUAAAGCAUCUAAAUGACGUUAGGAGAAGGUCGGAGAGAUUGUGGGGCACUGAUGUGUUAUUGGGACAAAUGUGACAUGAAAUUUAGAAACGUGACUGUCUUCCAUGCAUGUAGGACUUCUAGGCGUGAUAUUAUUGUUUUCAUUUAACUUUCCAAGUUUUUAGCUUCGUUUUUAUUAACAAAAAAAAUAAAGGGUAUAAUUAUUACAGUCA